AUUUUUAGUUCUCAAAUAUCGCGCAUGCGCAAUUAAUACACUUGUUUUCUGAGGCGCUACCAUCUGAAGCCCAUCGAUUCUUGUCGAACGUAGCUAGGUUUCUGAUUCUGACAGAAUAGCGAUUGGAUUUCAUAUCAGUUGCAUAAUUCUAAACCAAGGACACUGAGAUUUUAAAGCAUGGGAUCUCCCGCCAGAGCUUCAGACGUUUGCCUUGAUAUGGCUGCAUUUCCAAACGCCACUGAAACAGGCAAAGACACAACAACCAAAGUUCCUAAACCUCCAGCAAAAAUUGCCAAAAAGAGAAAAAGAAGUUCAACAAGCUCUACUCAUGACUCCGAGGAAGUAGAUUAUACAUCAAUGACCAUAAAAGAAUUGAAAAACAUCUUAAAAAGCAGAGGAUUAAAAGUUGGAGGUUCCAAGAUGGACCUUGUGGAAAGAUUGACUAAGCCCAUUUCAGUGAUAGAUGCUCUGAACCAGAAAAAAUAUUUAUCAGUGGCAGAUGUACACCAGCUCCUUUCAUGCUGCGGAGUGAAAAACCCAGAGAAGGUAAACAAGUGCCUGAAACGAGGAAUUCUACUAGGACAUGUCAAGCUUACAGGGAAAAAGUCACUGAAAACUGUGAUUGCUGAGGGAAACUGCGCCUCCUGUGAGGAAGAGAUGGCGGCAACAGUGAAAGAUAUCCUGUACCAGAAAGAAUAUGGAGGAAGUGAUUAUGAAAAUGGGGGACAGGAGGCCAGUGUGAAGUGUGAGACUGAGGACUGUGGGCAGGGAAUGUAUGUGACAGGAGUGUGUUAUGGCGAGGCGUGUUUUGAUAGUGGGAAGUUUCACAAUCACUGCACAGAGUGUCCUGACUUUGGUGAAUGCUUGGGUGAUUAUCGUGAGGCACAUUGUGAAGAGUGUGGUGGGCACUACUACGCUGGUGGGUCAGGUUCCUGUCCUUGUGAGGAGAGUGAUUCGGAUGGGGACUGGGGUUUUACCAUCAUUUAGUGAUAUUGUGGUAUGAAUUUCAUGGUGCAUUAGCCAAUAACCACUUCUACAAGGGGGUUGAACUCCCAAGACAUUUUGUAUUUUAGAUUGUAUUUUUUAGCUGUAAUCUUAAAAGAAAACUUUAAAAAGUCAUUGCCUUUUUUUCUCAGCUUUCGUUGCAAAAUCCUUCAUACAGAUAUCUGUGUAAGUUUUAAGCACAAUUCUCAAUUUAGGACAGGGUUUCAAUUAACUUUGAUUUCAAUUAAAACUUGUAUUCAGAGUUUCAAUUAAAAUUUGAUUGUUGGUCUUCCCUGUUGUUUUAACUCAUAUAGGUUAAGGUUGAUUUUAAUUUUGAGCAAUAAAAGUAUUAUCAUAAUAUCUA